AUGAAUCGCAGAAUCGCCUACAUUAUUAUCGCCUUGGUGGCAGCCAUUCUCUUCUUCUUAGCGAUCGCAUAUAGCGGUUGGGGAUGUGAUGGUAGCAUUCUUGGGCCUAAUUGCCUCCUAAGCAAAGGGAAUGAAGUGACCGGUGCCCUUCUCCUCACAGCUGGUUUACUCAUUUUCAUCGCAGGCAUCUUUCUCAUCAUCCUCGUGGUUACCGAAACCAUGUGGAGCGAGAUUGCCUCUACUGUCAUUGCCAUUCUCUCUGCAAUUAUAGCCAUCGCCGGAAUCUUCUACUACCUCGAUCACAUGAAAAGUUGGUCACCCUUCAUUGCCACUAUUGCCAUGUCCCUCACCAUCGCGUUAGCCGCAGUUCUUCUUUUCGAUCGCAUCACCAUCAGUUUUUAA